GUUUUCUGGAAAUUUCUACGUCACACAAAAGGGAGAAGAGAGUGACGGCGAUUGUCUGAUUUUCCGGUGAUUUCUUCUUUGGGUGCUGUCGGAGCCCUAGAUCCAUACUCUUCCGGCGGAUUUCUCUUUCCGUUCCGUGGAUCUCUUCGUUUACGAGCUCUUCCCAUUUCAGAUCUCGGAAUCUACGGUUCUGAAUUGGAUCAGAUGUCGAAAGCUUGGGGUGGUAUCGGCGCGUGGGCUGAUGAGGCGGAGCGUGCCGAUGAAGAACGCUCCGCCGAAGUUAAGGCCACUGCGGUGGCGGCGGACACGCAGAGUUUCCCUAGCCUGAAGGAAGCUGCGACUGCGAGUGCCAAGUCGAAGAAGAAGAAAAAGAUGACGCUGUCGGAGUUCAAGAUGGGCGCAUACACUGCGCCAGGCGGCGGAAAUGCGGCGGUGGGUUUGACGCCGGACGAGAUGCUUCAGCUCCCGACUGGUCCACGGCAACGCUCCCAGGAGGAAAUGCAACCGGGUCGGCUCGGAGGCGGAUUUUCCUCGUACGGUAGGUCUGGUGGGCCCCAGGGACGGACGAUGGGGGAUCGGGACGAUUCCGAUGGGUCGUGGGGAGGUGGCAGGAGAUCCUAUGGCGGAUUUGACGAUGAACGAAGGGGAUCCUCGUCUAGGGUUUCCGAUUUUGCUCAGCCAUCGAGGGCUGACGAGGUCGAUGACUGGGGAAAAGCAAAGAAGUCGCUUCCUUCUUUCGAUCAAGGACGCCAGGGUCGUUAUGGCGGUCUCGGAGACGGCGGAGGAUUCUCCAAGGCUGAUGAGGUUGAUAAUUGGGCAGCGGGGAAAAGGCAGCCUCCCGCCAGAUCAUCUACAUUCGGGUCGGGUUUCCGUGAUUCGGUUCCGGAGCCUGACCGGUGGACCCGAGGAGCCGGCGGCGGUGAUGUUCAUGCGGAGCGUCCUCGUCUGGUAUUGGAACCAAGAAAGGCUGAUUCAGGAGUGACUGAAACUCAAGUCGUGAAGACAAAUAAGCCGAACCCAUUUGGUGCAGCUAGACCCAGAGAGGAAGUGUUGGCGGAGAAGGGAUUGGAUUGGAAGAAACUUGACUCUGAAAUUGAGGCCAAGAAAGGAAGCUCGCAAACAAGCAGACCGACGAGCGCCCAUUCAAGCAGGCCAUCAAGUGCUCAGUCUAACAGGUCUGAGGGUUCGGCAUUGAACAACGUAGAGAACGUUGUCAAACCAAGACCGAAGGUGAAUCCUUUUGGCGAUGCAAAGCCUAGGGAAGUGUUGCUAGAGAAACGAGGACAGGACUGGCGCAAGAUUGAUGCUGAACUCGAUCAUCGCAGGGUUGACAGGCCUGAGACAGAAGAAGAGAAAACAUUGAAGGAAGAGAUUGAUGAAUUAAAAAAACAACUCGAGAAGGAACCCACAGCGUCAGAAAGCAAGGACUCUGAACAAAAUCCUGGCGCUCAUCACCAUAGUCUGCCAGACAUUAUACAUCAGAAAGAAAAAGAUCUUGAAACACUUAUUCGUGAGUUGGACGACAAGGUCAGGUUCAGGCAGAAAGCAGUUGAGAGACCUGGUUCUGGUGCAGGCAGAACAUCUACUCUUUCCGAAAUAUCACAUUCUCGUUCCGAAUCAUUCGAUGAGUCUAGGAGUUUCGAAUCUAUAGACAGACCAAGAUCACGUGGUGCAGUUGAGGCCUGGGUAAGGCCUGUUGAUGACAGAAGAAACUUCCAAGGAAGCAAGGAGCGAGGGUUCUUCAGCAACAGGAACUUUGACAGGCCAUCGUCCAGGGAGAGAUGGUGAAAGAGAGAGAGAGAGAAACUAAGGACAAGGAUUUGAUGUGAAUGGUGACACCCAACCAAGAUUUUGAAGGAAGGAAGAGUAGUAGAAGCUAACUAAGAGAAAACACGUCUCCUUCGCCAACUUAACUUUCUGGGUGUUUGUCUUUUUGGGUUUUUUGUUUCCUGUCUUUGAGCCUUCAAAUGUUCGGGUCUUGCUUGUGGCAAAGCAGCCACAAACACUUAAAGAGGAGAACUCUGUUUUGUGUGUGUUGGGGAAAAAAAAUGUAUUUGAAUACUCUCUUUGGAACUUGUAUGAACUCUUUGUUGCAAUGGAGUUUGGAAGGAGACCA